UUUGGCCGGGACCAGUCCGCCGUACGUCAGUCGAGCUAACCAACGCUCCUCGAUCGCGCGCAUCUGUUUUUAGCACGAAACAAAACGCCACAUGGAAAUAUUGUGUUUGUAAUUCUUAAUUCGAAAAUCUGUGCAAAUAUGUGUAAUUACCUUUAUACGAUGACUCAAUUUAUUGAAUGUUCUUGAUAUAGUACGUUCGCGUUAUAGAAAAAAACAGCGCAUCAACAGAUUGAACAAUGGAGACCGAUAAGAUGUCAACAGCUUCUUCUGUGACGGAGCGGCGUCCACUGAUGCAUGCUUUGGUCAUAGAAAGACGAAUACUGUUCGCCUGUACGGUCCUAGUAGGUCUCAGUACCUUUCUUUGGAUCACGGCAGUUUGUACUGAGAAAUGGAUUCACAUUGAAGGAGGAAACGGUAUUGAGCUGCCUGUCAGAGGAAGAUAUCUAAUGUACAGCGACUCCGGGGUGUGGCAAAUAUGCCGCUACGUGUUCUUUGAAGAUAAAAAUAGCACUUUGUCCAACAAUACUGUAAGGACGGACGGCGUCUUAGGCUUAAAAGGACAGUAUUAUACAAAAUGUACGAAUUAUUUAUCAACGCCAGUUAUGGAGGCUGGCAAGCCUGUUGAUAAAGCAUAUAAUGUAGAUAUAGCAAACUAUGUGAGAACAAUGAUCUCAUUUGGCAUCAUCAGCCUAUUCGUGAUGGCGAUGGGAUGCGGGUUUUCCGUUUACACCUUCCGCAAUCCGCGGUACAUGUUCAAGAGACUGGCUGCUGGCAUACAUUUUAUUAGUACCUCCUGUACAUUCGUAGUAGUGCAAGUAAUGAUGUCAGCGGCGGACCACAUGAAGAAAAGUGUAAAAUAUGUUUACCCCGAACGUGCCUAUCACUAUUUCCACAUUAGUUUCUACUUGGCUUGGUUCGUGGUGCUCGUCAACUUCUUCGCCGCCGCGUCAUUCCUCUGGUACUCCAGAAAGCGGAAGGGGGACAAAGCCGCCACAGACGAAUUAGCCAUGGCCGACGAACCAACCAUCAUAGGCCGAUGACGUCACAAGAUGGCCGCAUCCCUGAAGCUUCUCAAAGGGAUCUUUCGCAACUCUUUACUGAACAAUGCUCAAAUGACCAAUAAAUAUCUACAUAGAAAUGUGUUCAUGUCUUCCAAAUAUACAAAAACAGGUAUGAGCAGCUAUAUCUCUCGAGUGAUUUGUUAAUUUUCAGAUAUUUACAAGCUGUUCGGACAAUUUCUCUUUAUUAAUUGGUAGCUAGGAAAAUACUUAACGUCGCUAUGCAAAUGGUUUUUUAUUGAUUCAUGCUUCAUUGUAUAAUGUUGUUGACUGAACUAGCUAUAAGGCUCUUUUACAAUGACAGUUGAUAACAUAUAUUAGAUAUUUAUUGCGAUAUUUAUUUUUAGUGUUAUCUCAUUACUAAUACGUUCAGUUCUAUUUAAAUAUAUUUAUUAAAAUACCUGUAUGGGACAAAUUAUACAGAUUAUUUUAACCUGACUCAACGAUACUAUAUUAAUAGUAAAUACUUAUAUAAUUAAAUAUCCAAGACUGAGGUCAAACAGAAAAGGUUCCUUAGAAAAGAAAAAAACUUCAGAAUAGGGAAGACCUACUGUGUCACGGACAAGCGCACUCAUACAACAAAUGUUUAACAAGGAAACGCGAGAAAAUCGUGAAAGUAAAUGAACGGCUUUGGCUUAAAAUGGCUAAUAAUCAUCUAAUUAUAAUAGAAAACGCCUAGUGGCCUAAGGGCAUUUAUGAGAAACACAUUAGAGGUGGCCAUUGACUUGCAGUAGAUUAAAUUAUUUGGAAUAGAUGUAAGAUAAAUAUAGUAACUAAAACAUGGAUUGUGGAUAUUUAAACCAUAUGACUAAGACGGCGCAAUGAAAAAGAAAAACUGGAAUAUGGGUUCUAGUCUUCACAACUGGACAUAAGCCAAUUGAGCGGGCGAAAGAAGUCAACGAUUUUCGACAACCCAAAAAAUAAAUCAUAAACAUUUAAGAACUUCAAUGUUCUUUUUUAUGUUAUGGAACAUACAACAAUACUAUUAUCAUCCUCCUGGCGUUAGUCCUUACCUCUCUAGAGAGGUCAUAGCGCCGAGUAUUUAUCUUGCUAUAUAUGAGUGUCGAUAAACAGCUAAGACCAAGAGUAUUCUAUGUUCGCUUCCGUAUUCCAUACAGUAUGCAAAAAUUCUUGAAGAUUAGUUCCAUGGUUUAGUUGUAAAGAGGUAACAAACAAAAUAUGGAUACAUUAAAAGUUAUCAGAAAAUCAUUUUCUAUCUUAGAUAUUUUCUGGCGUCAGAAAAUGUCUUUGAAUAUAAAAGAUAUUUUUAAUGUUCAAAGACAUUUUUAUUUUUUAAGAGUUAAUGAAAUUAAAAUGCUAUAUCGCAGUAAAUAUUUCGAUUCAAAUUAUUAAUUUUGUAUAUUUCUAUCGUCUAUCGUCCUUAAAAUGGUUGAACCAUUACAUGAAAUCGUAAUAAUAUAGGUACUAUUAAUCCAAUUUCUGUGUUACUAUCAUAUUUUGACAUCGCGAAAUCGUUGUAUUAAUAACAGCUUAAAAUAUCCGUGAAUGUUAUACGUGUAAGACUAAGUUUAUUAAAAAUUCGCUUACUCGCGUUCAACUCGAAAGUUAGUUUGGCGUAGAUUCAUAAUUACAACUUUUUGCUAAUAAUCGAUUUUUAUCGACUGAAAAAUAGUAAGCUAUUGAAAAGUUUUCUAUACUUUAAUAGUUACGUAAUGCAUCUUUAACAUUAAUAAGGUGGAGUCUGGUUUUUAUAGGAACAAAAAUAAAGGUAUGUACGUAUUUUUCUUUACGAGAUAUUAUAACUGUCGAAUGCACACAUUUACGCUUUGUGCGUCUAAAAGUAUUUUCAGUACCUUGAGGUACCAUUUUAAAUAUGCGUUACGUUUUUGAUUAAUUCAUUUAUAAUCGUGUACGCAUUAUGUAAUCUUAUUCUAUAAGAAAAUGUUUCCAGUUUAUUAUGAUUCAGAUCUAUCAAAAUAAUCAAAUUAUAACUUGCCAUUUAAGGCGUAAGAAAAUAGCCCAGUUAAAUGAAAUAGAUAUUUUAUGAACUGCUUGGGACCUGUAUCGGAUAUAAAUUGUAUAAAUUUAAGACUACUAAAGAAAUGGCUUUUCUUUGGCAUAAAAAAAUUCAGUAAGUAAUGAAGUAUAAGCGGUCUAUGUUUCUAGAGUUAAAUUUAUUUUAGGCUUUGUACUAAUAGUUUAAUUGGUACUAAUUUAGCUUUGAGAAAAUACAAGUAUAACGGUCUAAUUACAACGAUGAUUUAUCUUUGUAAAAAAAUAUUUUCAUUUAUUAUAUACUCUCUUAUAUCACUUGUAAAACUAAUAUAUAGUUAUCUACUAGCACAAAGCCUCAAAAUAUAGUAGGUAUAAUAUAAUGAAGCCAAAAUCUGAUUGUUUCGAGUGUUUGUGCUGCCCGACUUAUAAUCAUGCUAAAAUAUUUUAUUCAGCAAUGGUUCUAGUCAUACAAAUAAGCAUAAAUUAUAACUAAGUUAACUACUGUUUGUUUUGCCAUUGGUGAAGAAUUUAUGUCUGACCAAACACGACCAGUGACAAAGUUGUAUACUUACAUUUAAGCUGUUUCGCUGAAACCGAUUUUAAUGUCAAGCAACAUAUAGGACAGCCUACACCGCCAACGAGCGAGAAUAUCGUUUCACCUCUCUGCAUACUUUGCUUCAUAUAGCCAAGUAUAAUAUUACAUAGCUAUGAGCGAUCGAGCGAGCGUUACCAUCUUGCUUGCUCUACAUAUAGUGAGCGGCGCUAGCUGCCGCGAUGUUUCGCUGGCUCACUUGCUACAUCUCUCGCUUUGAAAACCACAGCGCUUGAUUCCUUAGAAUUAGGAACAAUUAAUAUUAUAUAACUUAUAUUAGGUAUAUAAAACAAACUGUAUGUGGCGUUUCGCUAUAUAUGUAUGUAUAAGUCGUGUGGCCUGCCAUUUAAACACACUUUUAAGUGAUUCCUGUAAAUAUAAAUUAUAAAACCUCAUUUUAAUGGCAAAAUAAACCAGAUGGUACGUUUAUUCCAAUGAUAUACUUGCGUUAUCGUGUGUAUUGAUGUUAUGUACGUUCUAACUAUUUAUAAUCUUUUUUAUCGAAUAAAAUCUUGAACUUUAA